AACACACUGUUCAUGAAGCCUACAGUCUCUGAUGCAUUAAUAGUACUGAUCAGAAUGGGGAAGGGUUCUGUAACAUAGAGGACUGGAGAGGACAAAUAUAGAUGCUGCUAAAGGUGUCCUGCAAAGGGGAAAACAUAGGCUUGUGUCCUUUUUUCCUUGCUUAGGAUUUAUAAAGGAGGCCUGAAAGAUAUGAUCAUUUUCUGCUUGUUUUUUACAUUACAGUUCAGGUCCUAUGCACACUUUGGUGACUGGAAUACUAGUAAAAUUAUGGCUAAAACUGGUCAAAAAAAUUCCAGUGAAACAUUUCUUGGCAAGAACUUACUGAUUCAUUGAAAUUGAAACUUACUGCUAGUACUGAUCGUUCAGUUUCAACAAAGAUCCCCUGGAAAACUUGUGUAGUUUCUGCCAGCUAACCUACCCAACUACUGAGGAGCCCAGGCUUCCAGGAUCCACAGCUGUGGGGCAGUCCACAAUGCAGACUGCCACUCAUCCUGGGACCCCAAGGCUUGGACUAUCUCUGAGCUGGGGACCCCAGUGGACUGCAUCAAUGUUGGGGACUCCAGGACUUUCAGGGUCCAUUUACUUUUGCAGAGGAUUUCAAAAUGUUUGCGUUUUAUUCCAAACUGGAAUGAAACCUAAUUUCAAAAUAUCAAAAUCCUCCAUGAAAUGGAAUGGUAAAACAAGCAGAACUAAAACCUUACAUAUUUUUCAGUACUUUAUCUAUCAUAAAGAAGAAAAAAGGGCACAAAAGGGAUUAUAUUUUUAGAAAUCAUUUGCAGUUCACCUUUAACUAAUCAUCAACCAAAACAUUUUUGCCAAAAAUUAAAUAAAGCAAUAAAGUGUCAUUUUAACUAUUUUUUCACUUUUCCCCUUACGCUUCCAUAUUACAUAUAGUAACAGGCUGUAUCAAUUUGAAUUAGGUCUUUUUUUAAAUUGGGAAUUCAACCAUGAGAGAACUGCAUUGCCUAGUGCUCCCACUAUUCCACCUGAACCAAUUAAAACAUCAACGGCAGUUUGGGUAAAUUUCCCCAGUGAAGAUAAAUAAGUCUGUGACAGUGCUGGGAGCACAACCAAGCAUCUUCAUUCAACCACUUAUGCUCAGCCUAAUCACUAGAUUAGACACCCUCCCUACCCUUACAGUGAUUAGUUGCUCUGUUUUUAGAAAGGAUUUUUUGUGCAUCCCAGGCCUUGUCUACACUAGUACAUUUACCUACAGUGUCAGCAACUGCUGCAGUCUAACUGCAUUCAUACACAAUGCCAAAUUAUGGCUCUUUAUAGACUAACAGAAGUAUUGGAGUAUAAGCUUAUGUUCCAAUACUUCUGCUAGUCAAUAGGUGCUACAGGUCUUUGUCGCUUUUUACAGAUCCAGACCUACAUGGUUACCCCUCUGAAAUUAUGGCUCCAAUCUUGUAAUCAGACACAAGAUGUUGGACCCUUGUGUGGCCACAUGGGCUUCACUGAGGCCACUGAGGAAGUGCAAGGUGGCCUGUGGCCGGGGAUUCAAGGGCAGGGUCAAGGCCCCCACUCAGCACCACCCCAGGGAGGGCGGAAGCAAGGAGGGAACUGGAUGCGCCACUAGGGCAUCCCUGGCAUGUACUAGUCACACUUUUAGCAACUGCCCCGCCUAAGGAGUUAGACCCCCUAGCGGCUGGUCCAGGCAGCUGCAGAGGGAGAGAAUAAUUCAGAACCAACUGAGGGGAAAUUUCUGACCAGCCCUUUAGUGUGGGGGGGGGGGCGGGGGCGGUGUGUGAAAAUUUUCUCAACUUUUUUACUUUUUUAAAUGUUUAAACUGUCCCCAGCCACUACCCGCAACCAGGGCUCCCGGCACGUCACAGCGACACCCGCGGAAGUGGGCGCGGGGCCACCGCACAACCGGUGACACCUUCUGGCUUGACAUAGGGCGCGGAGCGGGGCUUAGAGCCCCAGCCCUCCGCGUGCGCGCUUAGCGGACCCCACGCCCCUGAUAACCCGGCCACUUGGGGGGUGAGGCAAAUUGGGCCCAGCCGCCGCCAGUCACCCAAAGGCGCAAGGACGUGUUGUGCGCAUGCGCACAGGCUCUACUUCUUCCCACCCACACCCGUUCCCGAGCUCACUCCGACUCGGCCCGAACCUCUCCGAGCGCCUUCGGGUGUCUCCGGCAGUCAAAAAGAGGGGGGAGCCGACUGUGCGUGCGCGGUGCAUUGUGGGGCGGCAAGGAGCCGAGUCACCGCUGGGUUGAGGCCGCCAUCUUGUCUCCGUCCGGAUUCGCUGCCGCCUUCGGGGCCUGCUCCUUCUCCUCAGUGAGCCGGGCGGGGGAGAGGCCCAGCCAGGCUGAUGCGCGUGUCCCCUCGCGCCUCUCUCAGGUGCCGCUAGCGUCCAAGCUUCGGGCGGGGCGGCCGCGGCCGGGGGGCUCCGCCAUGGGUCGGUCCCGCAGCCGGAGCUCGUCCCGCUCCAAGCACACCAAGAGCUCCAAGCACACCAAGAAGAACCGGAGCCGCUCGCGGUCCCGCUCCCGGGAGAAGGAGCGGGCGCGCAAGCGCUCCAAGUCCCGGGAGACCAAGCGGAACCGGCGCCGCGAGUCCCGCUCCCGGUCCCGCUCCAACACGGCUCCCUCGUCCCGCCGGGAGCGCGAGCGGGAGCGCGCCUCGUCCCCCCCGGACCGCAUCGACAUCUUCGGGCGCACGGUGAGCAAGCGCAGCAGCCUGGACGAGAAGCAGAAGCGGGAGGAGGAGGAGAAAAAAGCGGAGUUCGAGCGGCAGCGGAAAAUACGCCAACAAGAAAUUGAAGAGAAACUCAUAGAGGAAGAGACAGCCCGAAGAGUGGAAGAACUUGUGGCUAAGCGCGUAGAAGAAGAGCUGGAGAAACGGAAGGAUGAGAUUGAGCGAGAGGUUCUCCGCAGGGUGGAGGAGGCUAAGCGCAUCAUGGAAAAACAGUUGCUCGAAGAACUCGAGCGACAGCGACAAGCUGAACUUGCGGCACAAAAAGCCAGAGAGAGGAAGCUGGCGCGUAUGGCAGCCGAGGAGCACACUCUGCAGGACACUGGACAAGACAGUAAAUAUUCAACUUUUAAUGCUGAUUAAAGGAGUAUAGGUAAAGAAUACGUAGGUAUACUUAAUUGGUGAGACCAACUAUUCACUUUAUUUAUAUUUUAUAUAUUACUUUUUUAAUUUGGUAAAUACUAUCCAGUUUUUGUAGUUGUCCUUGUUCAUUUGUGUGGUAUUAAAAUACUAGUAGUAAAUUGUCAGGAAUCUAUGAUUAGGGAGGGUUUAGUUGGUUGCUGUUUGGACUGGGAGGGAUGAUUUAAAUUUAGUACUGGAGACCAAUUUUAGUGGCUGCACAAUUUACUGUUGAGACAAAAUAGGUGGCUGUAAAGCUGCCCUGUAAGUCAGUUCACAAAAGAAUUCUGAGGAAGAUUAGUGAAGACACAUAAAUGAGUAUUUUACUUUUCUAACAUCUUACCCUGUCCUCCCCUUUAGGAGGAAGAGCGUGCAAAACGUGAGGAACUAGAACGAAUAUUAGAAGAGAAUAAU